AUGGGAAGGGUCUCAUUUGCAGUUGGACACAAUGGCAUUAUAAAUGGUCAAUUCCCUCUGUACAAUCGGGCCUCAGUUUUGAGCAGUUGUACAGAUUUCUAUUGGCGACUAGAUUUUGUAAUAUUGUUGACUAUCAUUGAUGGUCAUCUUUUCUGCUGGCCACAUGGAUCUAAUGCCACCAGCAGGGAGUGGUCUGUGGGGCCACACGAACCCUACUGGCAAACUAAUACUAGUUUUUCACCACCACCCCCAAGAUGGGAUUUCGGAUUCCAAUCUGAAGCGCUGCCAUUUGGUUCUCAUGAUAGUAUUCAAUUUUAUGGGUCUUCUGCAUCAGCAAACAGCAGAGAAAGUGGAAAUUGGGUGAGAGGUAAUAAUCUUGCCAAUCACCAAAAUCUGGUAUCCGAUGGAGUUGGUCCAUAUUUCAGUAGUCCGACCAAUAUCUUUUCUGAACAGCAGUCGACUCCCCCAACAAUACAGGAAAUCAGGGCCAAUGAUUAUGGUAAUUCAAGAAGAGUUUUGAGGCCAUUAUCUCUCUCACCUGCAAAUGAGGGAACAUCGGCAGGUAGGGAUUUUGGAGGCUCCACAUCAUCACGGUCAGACAGCAGUGAUUAUGAUUCCAUCGCCAAGUCUCAUUCCUCACAUCGUAACUUCUCAAGUUGCCGUUGCUUUAUGUCCAAAGCAAUUCACCCUUUAUCCUUUCCAUCAGAAACACCCACAAGAGCUACUGAAGACAUGGCCGUCGGGAUGUCAGAAUUUGAUGCCAUUACUGUACGAAAAGACAAAGGCCGUUUGAGCAGUGCUAGUGGUAGUCUUGACCUCUCAGAUAUUUCUGAGCCACUAGAAUCUGAUUUAUCUUGUAGACCUUGUAAUCCUCCUGAUAAUUUCAGAUGUGGAUUGUGUGAGAGGUUUCUUUCUAAGAGAUCACCUUGGAGUUCUCGAUGGAUCAUUCGAAGUGGGGAUAUGCCAGUUGCUGCUGUUCUUUCAUGCCGUCAUGUAUUCCAUGCAGAGUGCUUGGAGCAAACAACACCGAAGGUACCCAAAAGCGACCCACCAUGCCCCAUUUGUUUCAAGGUUGAAGAGGAAAAUUCUCCAGAUCAACAGGUGUUUUCUAAGUUGAUGAGUAGUUUCCCAAGGCUUAAACAUUUUCGCGAAGAUGGGCCAUCCAAGCAAUGGGGCUGCUCACAAGCAGGAGAUUGUAUUGAAGGGGCUUUGCAUUCACCUACUCGCAACAAUCUACUUAACCGAAAUCGAUUUAGGACAAAUCUUUCCUUGAAGGGCAAUUCUGGUAGGGAAUUUUCGGGGAAAUUGUGGAAAAAUGGCUCUUAUUCUACCCAAUUAUUUGUUGGAUCAGCGGACCAUAGAGCUGCUGGAUCUUCGAAGACAGCAGCAGGUCCAGUAUGA